AUGCCGAACCCCAUCUUGGAGGGCGUCUCGUUUGUGGACACACCUGGGGUGCUGUCAGGAGAGAAGCAGCGUUUGAAGCGCGGCUACGACUUCGAGGAGGUCGUUACGUGGUUCGCGGAUCACGCCGCGAUGAUUAUCUUGUUCUUUGAUGCUCACAAGCUCGACGUGUCGGACGAGCUCAAGCGCUGUGUUGCCGUCCUCGCCAGCAACAGCGCCAAGGUGCAUGUGAUCUUGAACAAGGCGGACCGGGUGACCACGCAGCAGCUGCUGCGCGUCAACGGGGCACUGAUGUGGUCGUUGGGCAAGGUGAUGGACACCCCCGAAGUCACCCGUGUAUACGUAGGGUCGUUCUGGGACGAGUCCCUGCAGAAUGACGAGAUGGCCUCUCUGUUUGAGCGCGAGCAGGACGACCUGUACAGGCACAUAGAGCAGUUGCCUCGAAGCUCUUCGGUGCAGAAGAUCAACGACCUCAGCAAGAGAGCCCGCCUGGCGAAGGCGCCCCGGGCUCGAUUAUCUGCGGAGCCAGAUGCCGACGAUGUGGGGCCACGCAGAGAAGCAGUCCGAGCUGAUCGAUAA